AUGACCCGCUCUUUGAAUCUUGUUGAGAAAAUCUUGGCACAGCAUGCCCUGCAUGAUGCUCAGAUACUACCAGGAAAUUUUAUUUGUGUGGAGGUGGAUUGGACAAUGGCAUCCGAAGCCAGUUGGGCUGGAAUGUAUAGGUUGUACAACCAGAUGGGAAAACCUGGUGUUCACAAAAAUGAUCGAAUAUGGCUUGCUGCAGACCAUAUUGUGGACCCGAGAAUAAAUCAUAUGGAGAAGCCAAAGCAAUUAAUCCAACUUGCAGAACUCGGUGCUAAAGAGUUGAAUUUGGUGGAGUAUCAACCUCCGAAUACUACUAUUAUGCAUACAGAGUUUUAUCGUGAGCGCGCUGAGCCUGGAAUGUUGAUUAUUGGUGCUGAUUCGCAUACUUGUUCAAGCGGAGGCCUAGGAGCUCUGGCAGUCGGUUUAGGGGCCGCAGAUGUUGUAUUCCCUAUGGUUACAGGUGAAACAUUUUUUCAAGUUCCUGAAACUCUUCGUAUUGAUAUCGUUGGUAAACCGGCAUUUGGGGUUAGCGGAAAAGAUGUCAUAUUACAUAUACUUGGCGUUUUUAAGAGAAACACCAUCGCCGCUGGAAGGGUUGUGGAGUACGGAGGGUCAGGCGUCCAGCACUUAUCUUGUGACGCUCGAUUUGCCGUUUCUAAUAUGUCAACAGAAUUCGGUGCCAUUGCUGGAAUAUUUGUUCCGGAUCAACAAACGGCAGCUUUUGUAAAUCGACGUAACGGGCCUCAGUUCAAGAGCAACAGCUUGUUUUUCCAUCCUGAUGAAGAUGCUAAUUACUUCCAGAGAGAAACAAUUGAUCUAUGUGAUGUGAAGCCAUUUAUCGCACUUUAUCCCUCGCCCGACAAUGUGGUUCCGGUAGAUUCGGAAAAAGCAGCAUUGAAUCUUGACGGCUGUUUCAUUGGUGCCUGUACUACUGCUGAGGAAGAUCUCAUAAUGGGAGCAUUGGUUCUAGAGCAAGGGUUAAAGAUGGGGUUGGUACCAGUCAAGAAGGGAAAAAGAAAAGUUACACCAGGCUCGUUGAAAAUAAUUGCCAAGCUCAAACAGCUGGGCCUUCUAGAAUGGUACGAAAAAGCAGGGUUCGAAAUCGGUGUACCAGGCUGCAGUUAUUGCGUGGGAAUGGGUGCUGAUCAAGCGGGGGAGGGCGAAGUCUGGCUCUCUUCUCAAAAUCGUAACUUCAAAAAUCGCAUGGGAAAGGGAUCAAUUGCAAAUAUUUGCUCGGCAGCAACGGUUGCUGCUUCUAGUUUUUCGAUGACUGUUCAAGAUCCAAGAAAACUAUUAUCAAUGGUAUCUAAAGAACACUACAAUUCUAUCCGCAUGUACUGGAACUCCGAGAAUGACAAAAAAUCGCUUAUAUAUAUUGAACCUAAAGAGCCACCUAAAACCUCUUCAAGCAGAUCCGAGGAAUAUCGAAACGAGAUUUCAACCCUACCCGACACUAUAAAGUCCAGAGUGCAGAGAUUUGGUAAUGAUGUAGAUACCGAUGCUAUUAUUCCAAUAGACAAAUGUGUCGGCGAUGAGACAGAGCUUGGAAAUGGUGCUUUUGCUUAUGUUAGACCUGAAUUCGUGGAGCGUGUGAAAUCAGGAAUGAGAAUUUUAGUAGCUGAAAGAGGAUUUGGUUGUGGCUCAUCAAGAGAAGAGGCGCCUCGUGCUUUGAAAUACGUUGGAGUUCAAGCAGUCAUUGCCAAAUCAUUUGCGUAUAUUUAUGGUAGAAACCAAGCUAAUUUUGCUCUAUUUGGUAUUACUGUUUCGGAUGAAAGAUUCUAUCAUUUGGCACGUGAAAAUAGCGAAGUUGAAAUCAAAGUCAAAGAAAGACGCGUUUACAUUGAUGGAGAAUCAUUUCCCUUCAAACUGGACAAGAUCGAGGAAAAGAUUCAAGCUAGUGGUGGAAUUUCAAAGCGUUGGCAGAAAUAUGGGGUGAAUAUUUUUAGACAAUUGAAAGAUGAGAUAGCGGUAGAUGGUUGCGGUGAAAGCCAAAAUUGUGACAGUACAACCGAUGUAGCUUGGUAG